AUGCCAGAACAACUGCAAAGCCCAUCAAUUAACAGUGAAGCAGAUAAAAGCUCCAUCCCAUUCCCAGAGAGUGAAUUUGUUGUGCCACGAUUAGAAAUCGAAAUACCUUCAUUCCUACUGGGAAUCCAAGCAGACUCGCCACUCUCAGAACUAUCGGAUUUCAACAUCGACACUCUGUUCAAUAUCCCAGUUGCAUAUACAACACCAGUUUCACAUCCUACAUCCCCAGAAAAACCGAGAAUGCUGGCGAUGGAUGAAUGUCCGAGAAUCCUGUGGACUUCUUCAGACAGCAACAAGAUAGAAGCAUUCGAGGAUUAUCUCAGAACAGGAUCACAGGCGGAAGUGUGGUUUAAUGGGUUAGGAUUGGCAGAAAAAGCAAUGUGGAUAACGUUCACAACUGUGUUCAGGACACGUUGGCCACCAGUCACAAUAGUGGAGAAGACAAAAGCAGAAUACAAGCUAGAAUUAUUGGAGCACGUGCUAAAGAAUGAAGAAGUCGGGAAAAGGACAACACUAUACGACAAGGAGUGUUGGUCACAUGUCACAUGGGCAGCAAAAGCCCUGCAGCUAGCAAUGAGCGCGGGAUCGUAA